UGGCGUCGAUGAUGCUGCCAUCCUGGUGCCAGCCGUCGAUAGACCGGGGCUCGCUCAGCGCCACCGACACCCAGAUGCUGGGCAUGGUCGUGUUCGGCUUCGGUCGCUUCCAGAGGUUCAUGCUGCUGUGCGCGCAGAUCACCGUGUUUGCGUCCUUCUCACAGAGCUUCGCCGCAACCGGCGACCUCAUCCCCGUAGACCAUUGGUGCCACCAGGGCAGCGAGUACGCCAACUUGAGCGCCGACGCCUGGAAGGAGCUGUACCUGCCCCGAAGACCGGGUGGCCGAGGAUACGACAGCUGCCACCGCUACGAGGCGCCACUUGCGGCGCCGGCGUCCGCUGCCACUGAGGACCCCGACGCGGGAAACUCGACGCGGGCGGUGGUCGCCUGCGACGCGUGGGACUACGACACGAGCCACACGGGAUCCACCGUGCUGGUCUACUGGGACAUCGUGUGCGACCGCGCCUGGUACGGGUACCUGAUUCAGGUGGCGUUCAUGUUCGGCGGAGCGCUGUCUGUCCCAUUUGCAGGGCCUGGCGUCCAACCGCUGGGGCCGCCGGCCUGUCAUGUGGUUCUCGGUGUGCGCUCUCCUGUGCGCAUGCGGCGCCACCUGUCUGGCGCCCACGCUGAUGGCGUUCGUGGUUCUGCGAUUCGUCGCCUCGGCGGCCGUCAGCGUGCUGGAGGUGGUGUCUUUCGUGCUGCUCUUCGAGUCGACUCCCACGGGUCCCCGAGAGCCCUUCUGCGCUCUCGCCAUCUGCUGGCCCUCGGUCCUGGCGCCCGUGUUCGUGGCGACGGUCGCGUACGCGGCGUUCAGCUGGCGCGUGAUCCACGCGAGUCUCGUGGUUCCUGCACUGUUCCUGGUCUGGACGGUAUACGUGACCGAAGAGUCUCCGCACUGGCUCAUCGUCAACCACCGCUUCCGCGAGGCCCGCCGUGUGGCUCUGUGGGCCGCCGUGCUGAACGACGAAGAUCCCGACAUCGUGAUCGAGCGACUGGAGAAGGUCAAAGAGAUGCUAGCAUCCUCCCCGACAGCGGUAAGCUUGGCGGAUUCGGACGGAGUAGGUGCUGCCAACGCUGUUCGCAAAGCGGAACACGCCACCGGCAUGUGCAAGGCGGCGACGCAUUCGAGCUACUUCCGGUCGCGCGCCAUGCUGGCCCACUGCUUCGUAGUGUUCGGCUGCUGGUUCAUGGUGAACGUGAACUACUACUACCGUAGCCUG